CCCUGCUCCAGGGGCGUUGUGAGUGAGUGGGAGACCCCGUGGAUGUGUCCGGGAAGAGCGCGCGGAUUGUGACUGUCAACUGGGCAGCAGGAAGAACAUCACCGGUCUGAGAAAGCGAUCACCAUGGAUAAGGAAGACCUUGUGCAGAAGGCCAAACUGGCUGAACAGGCUGAGCGUUAUGAUGACAUGGCCGCAGUGAUGAAGCAGGUGACGGAGGAGGGAAAGACACUGACGGACGAGGAGAGGAACCUGCUCUCGGUGGCCUACAAGAACGUGGUGGGAGCGUGCCGCUCAGCAUGGAGGGUCGUCUCCAGCAUCGAGCAGAAGAUGAAUAAGGAGAACAAUGACAAGCAGCAGAUCGCCAAAGAGUACCGUGAAAAGAUCGAAUCCGAGCUGCAGGAAAUCUGCAAUGACGUGCUGCAUCUCUUGGACAACUUCCUGAUCUGCAAGUCGUCUCCAGCUGAGAGUCAGGUGUUCUACCUAAAGAUGAAAGGAGAUUAUUAUCGCUACCUGGCUGAGGUCGCUGUAGGAGACAACAAAAAUCGCAUCAUGGAUCAAUCCAGGGAUGCGUAUCAGUCUGCGUUUGACAUCAGCACAAAAGAAAUGCAGCCCACUCACCCGAUCCGACUCGGCCUCGCGCUAAACUUCUCCGUCUUCUACUACGAGAUCCUCAACUCGCGCCAUCAGGCCUGCGAUCUUGCCAAGAAGGCGUUCGAUGAUGCAAUCGCUGAGCUCGACCAGCUGACCGAGGACUCGUACAAAGACAGCACGCUGAUCAUGCAGCUGCUCCGAGACAACCUGACACUGUGGACCUCAGACAAUCAGGAGGAGACGGAGGAGGGACGGGAAAACUAAAAAGAAAACAAACAAAAAAUGUUGAGAGCCUGAUGCACACUCUAUUCCUCCGCACCAGCCUCUCCUCUUCGUGUGUGUGUGUGUGUUUAGAAGGGCAGGGUUGAUCCUGACAUUUGAUCAUUCCUUGGGGCACAAACUAGAGUGAGGGAUCCAGUUUAAUAAACUGGACGUGUGUGUGUUUUAUAACUACAUGUAAAUGUUGUUUUGGGUGUGUGUGUGUGUGUGUGUGUGUGAGAGAGAGGGAGCGACAGUUUUCUUAGAGAUUCCAACUGAAAUCGGACUCCAGUCUGUACCGACAUAUCAAAUAUUAAAUCCCUGUAUUGUGAUAACUGCCAAACUUUUUAUUGUGCUUCAUGAUGAUGAUGUAACCUAUUUAACAAUUUGCAGACCAUAUUUUCUAAGUGUGGUGAUCAGAUGAUCCUGUAAUCAUGAUUUGGUUAUCGGCACAUACCCAUCCACGGGCGUGGCCUUUCCAGCCAGCACUAAACGCCAAGAACUCGACCGCGACAUCAGAACAUUUGGGAUUCUACAAUUUUCAGUGUGACAAGCUGAGGUUAUUUUUGUUUUUAAAUGAAUCUUGCAUUUUGGUAGAAAGUCUGUACCGCAUCUCAGGCCUCAGUUUACGGUGAAAGAGUUUAAUGACGUAAGCGUUGAUCUGUGGAGGUGAAACUUGUAGCUUUAUGAUGUAAUAUGAGAACGUUUUGGGGUUAAAUUAGUGACCAAACGUCUGCAGUCAGUUUGUUCUCAAAAUCAGAAACGCACCCCAUGGUGUAAGAGUUGUGAAAAAUCACAAACGUCUGUUUAGAGUCGUACUUUUCUCAGGAACAUCAGAGAAAACGUCACAGCAUCACGCGCGCCGGUGUCUGACUCUAAAGCCGUUCUUUCUGCGCGACUGUUGGGGGUUUAUUUUCUUUACGUUGGUGUGGUGGUCGUGUGUGUGUGUGUGUGUGUGUGAGAGAGAGUGGGGUCAGUUGAUCAGGGUAAAUGAACAUCUCGUUAAUUUCUGUACCACACGACAGCAUGUUAGUGUCACUGUCAGAGUUAACGAUGUGGGAUGGAAUCAUUUCAGCUGAAUAAAGAAAAUCAAAGACGAACCAAAA